UCCUAGUACGAACACCACUAGGAGGUUCAGGUGAUAUUUCUUUCCAUUACAAGUAUAUUCGCUAUGAAGGUUUUUAUUAUUUUAACUACCUAUUUGGCGAUCACACUAGCUAGUGGAAAUCACAAACAAUACCCAGUAGCCCAUGAAGAUAUUCGAUAUGACGGUCGUUUUGGAUACGCUAAUCUAAAAAUUGGACCUGACGGUGUACCCAUUGACACACCCGAAGUUCAACAUGCCAGAGCUGCUCAUUUAUCUCUUGUUGCUAAAGCCAUACAAGACCAUGCAGAAUGGGUUUCUAAGCAUCAAGAUAAAUCAUCUAAUGGACAAUGGGUUGAUAAUAAUGAAGACAGAUCAUCUCAUGCAACGUGGGAUGGUAAUAAUCAAGCCAAAUCGUCCCAAGUACCCUGGACUGGACAUGAUGGGUCUAAUGGCGGACCAAGUGGAUGGUCUAAUUUGAACUCCCAUAAUGAUGGACGCUAUGAAUAUGCUCAACUUAAAAUUGGACCCAACGGUGUACCAAUUGAUACAUCAGAAGUACAACAAGCCAAAGAUGCUCAUUUAUUUGCUCAUUCUAAAGCGAAAACAUCUCACGCAGGAUGGAAUGGCGAUAAUGGAGCAUAUGGUGGCCAAUACGGAAGUUCUAAUUUGAACUACCUUAACCCUCAAAAUAAUCUAAAAGUUGCUCAUUUAAAUACAUAUUCCCAAGAUACAGUUCCACAAUCAGAUUUGGUUCAUCAACGCCAUCGUCGUGGUAUCAGUGAGGAUCAUUCAAAUAGAGGACAUCAAGAAGAACAAAUACAUUAUUCAUAUGCAGAAAUUGGUCCUAAUGGUUUACCACUUGAUACUCCUGAAGUUCAAGCAUUAAAGCAAGCACAUUUGGCUGCACAUUCUGCUGCUCUAGCACUUAUUGAAAAACAUCGUAAGAGUCCUAUUUGGACCAACGAUCAAUACGACAAUGGUGCUUGGAAAGAUGACACAAAUGCAUGGGCAAAUGUUGAAACAUCAACUACCAAAGUCUGGAAUACUGAAGGACGUAGGAAUAAAGAAUAUAGUAAUAGAAAAGAAUGGAAUAAUCAAGGAUAUGACAGCAAUGAAUGGAAAAAUGUGCAAGCAGCAACAUCUUACAUGAACCAAAAUCUUAAAUCUGGGCCACACACAAAAAUUUCUGUGAAAAGCAAAGGUUGGAGUAAUGUAAGCAAUAAUAAUGGUUGGAAUAAUGAAGCAUAUGACAACAAUGAGUGGAAAAACACGCAACCAGCAAUAUCUCGCAGUAACCAAAAUCUUGAAUCUGGACCACAAACCAAAACUUCUGUGAAAAGCAAAGGUUGGAGUAAUGUAAGCAAUAAUAAUGGUUGGAAUAACGAAGCAUAUAAUAAUAACAAUGGCUGGAGUUCUGAAGCUGAUAAUAACAAUGUAUGGAAUAGUGGAGCUAGUAAUAACAAUGAACCUGCAACAUCACAUAACAACCAACGGCUUGAAUCUGGACCUCACAGGAAAGUAACAUGGCAAAACAAUCCCUGGAACGACGAAGAUAAUAAUGCUUGGAAAAGUAUUGAAUCUACAACUGCUCACAACAACCAAAACUUAAAUUCUUAUGAAUAUAGUGGCAAUGGCUGGAACAAUUCUGGAUCGACUACAAAAUAUGGCGCAUAUAAAGGACCACAUCAUGUUCCUAAAAUCCAUAAUGGUGUUCCAGAAUAUACACCUGAAGUGCAACUUGCGAGGGAACAACAUUUAGCAGCUCUUGCUGAAGCUUUAGAAAGGGCAUCAGCGUAUAAAAACCAACAACAAGAAUAUCGUCACUAAGAAUUUGAAGAUAAGUUCUGGGAUAUACUAUUGGCAAGUGUCCUGCGAAAUGAAGAUGGUUAAAUUGAUUUGAUUGACGAUGAAAAUAUUUUGCCUUCUCCUCCAAUUAAAGAAGAUAAUUUGCUUUGAAAUGUUUAGUCAGUAAAUAAAAGACAAAACAAUUGCUGUCGUUGCAGAUGA